CCAACCCAAAAGUCAACAAAUACUACAAACCGAAACCAAAACAAAUGAAAAAAUUUUAAAUUUUGCAAUAAAACCGUAUUAAAUUUUUCUGUUACUCAUCAUGGUUCGUUCACUUAACAUUAUUGAACCUGUAGGCCGGUUUUGGCGUACUAAUAUGUAAGCGUUAUACAUAAUUUUCUCAUUUCAUAUUUCUAAUUCCAACCCACAGAUCCAAUCCCAAAACAAAUAUUUUUUAUCAGUAUAAUUAAAAGCAACACCCAAAAGCUAUGAGAAUUCCUAAAUCAGUAAAUCCUCGAAUUCAAAAGGAACUAACAAAACGUUUUGGUGUGUAUGACAAGGUUUUACCAGCCGCUACUACACCAAGUAGACUAGUCCCUGAUUAUAUUGUGCAGCCAGACUAUGUAACAAAUAAACUAGUAUUUGUCAAUAAGAAACCUGAAAUUAAAGAUGAGGAACAAAUUAAAGGAAUGAGAUCUAGUUGCACAUUGGCAUCAAAUAUUUUAAAGAGGAUUGGAUCAUUUAUACAGCCAGGUAUAACAACCGAUGAUAUAGAUGAAUUAGCCCAUACAUUAAGUAUAGCAGCUGGAGCAUACCCUUCACCAUUAAAUUACAAAGGGUUUCCAAAAAGUGUUUGCACAUCUGUAAACAAUGUGGCUGUACAUGGAAUUCCUGAUCUACGACCCUUGAAGAAUGGUGAUAUAGUCAACGUUGAUAUUACAGUUUUUUUUAAUGGUUACCAUGGAGAUUGUUCAAAAACAUUUCUGGUUGGAGAUGUUGAUGAUCAAGGCCUACAUCUAGUUCACACUACUGAUGAAUGUCUUAGGCAGGCUAUAGAUGUAUGUGGGCCGGAUGUACCAUUUUGUGACAUUGGUAUGAGGAUAUACAGGGUCGCUAAGAAAAAUAAGCUCACAGUAUUACCAGCGUUUGUUGGUCAUGGCAUUGGAAAAUAUUUUCAUGGACCUCCUGACAUCUACCACACAAUCAACCAUUAUCCAGGUAUAAUGAAACCAGGGAUGACAUUUACAAUUGAGCCUGUCCUUUCACAUGGUAAAGAGAAUACAGUUAUAUUAGAUGAUGGCUGGACUAUUAUCACUGAAGAUGGAUCUAGAGCAGCCCAAGCAGAACAUACAGUGCUUAUCACCAAAGAUGGAACUGAAGUGUUGACUAAAUAGCUAGAAAAAGUAACUUUAGAAAGGCAAAUAAACAACUUAUGGGUUG